GAAGAACUGGUGGGAAAUUUGAUAGUGCGCGAAGUAUUUGUUGUUCAUAGUUCGGCAAUAUUUCACUCCAAACAAACAUUAACCGUGGAUUUACUAAUGUUUAGACGAGAUGGACCGGUACGUGUUGGUUAUAUCCUUUUGCCAAACCGAUGCCGACGCGGCGGAGGACUAUAAAUGCCUGGAGUCAGUGAAGCACAUGUACGACAGGCUGGUGGACAUUUCAACUCAGGAAUCAGUGAGAGGGAUCUCUGUGUUCCCAGCCUCUUCUCUGGAUGGCAGCCCAUCAGGCCAGAGGUGGUAUUUUGCUGUUCAGGCUUGCCAGGGAGGAGCACAAUUUUGCAGCUUGGACUGGGAAGAGUUGGGGACAGGCCAUCAGAAAACAGACAGUGAGGAGGAGAGGCCUACUGCUGUGGAGUCGUGUCUCAGUUCUCUGAGUAAUCAGGAGGCAUCGGAUCAAAAAGCCGACCAGCCAGUGCUGACAGAGUUGUUAGAGGAGGCUGCAGAAGGACUGCACCUACUGUCAGACAAGCUACCACCUCCAGGUAAAGCCCUGUUGGAUUUGGUGGUGUUAGGCUCUGCUGAGCAAUCCCCUCCUAUCAAAGACCUGCUGCCUCUGCUUGGAGCGCUCAAACACAUGUCCUGCUGGCAUGCUGCUAAGAUCAGUGUAGUCACACAGCACACGACUGGGUGGCAAAAUGCAGCAUCCUACCUGAGCGCCGGUCUGGUGGAGCCUGCUCACCUGGACACCUGUAUCGACCACAAGGAGCUAUGGAGGGGUGGGCUGUUUAUCAGAGAGAGGAAGUAUGUGUCGGAGCUCCGUUUCGAUGGUUUUUCUCUGCGUGCUCCAGUGCGUCACAUAUCAGGGUCCAGUCUCUUGCGAGCCCCCUACACCACUACAGACCACAAACUACAGUCGGAGGUCUUUCAUUACUACGCACCAGUGUUAGACCUGGUUCAGUUGGUUAAUCUGUCAGACCUGCCCAGCUUUCUGAUGUCCAGCACCCACUUUGAACUAGCUCUGAGUGGGAAAUCAGCAAAGGCUAAACUUCUGUUGGACCAGCUGAGGUCACUGCGUGGACAGGUUGGAGCAUUGUUCAGCUUGUCCUGUAUAAUCACCCCCAUCAUCCAGCCCCCAGCCAGCCAACUCAGCUCCCAGCGCUGGAGGGAGUCUUUAGCCAGGAGACCAAAGUCCUUACUUGUGCCUGACGUAGAGGUGAAAGGUGAAAGUGCUCACUACUUCCUGUUGGUCCAGGGCUCUGACGACGUUGGGUGUGGAGCCUGCAGGGCCAGGAUGUUACACUCAGAGAGUCAAAUUAAUGGAGCAGCUGCCAUGGCAACCGUUUCCAGGCUACUGAGAGAAAAGUCUCUGUCAUCAUCAGGAGGAGCUGUAGGCGACAUCCUUCGCCCUCUGCCCUGUCUCCAAGGAGACAGCCUGCUGAAGAGAGAGAGGAAAGUGACCCAGGUUCAGACUCUGGUACUCAAAGAAUAUCUCAGGCAGAAAGAGGAAGCAUCGGCCUCAAGCUCAAUACCCAUCAAUGACUUGAAGGUCAUUCUGAAUCUGGCCAGGGAGCAGUAUCUGAAGAUGAUUGACUCCACACUUCCCUCUGUUGCUGCCUGUCUGACGUAUGAGCAGGAGACUGCCAGGAACUCAGGUUUUCAGACUGAUUCCCAGCAGCCACCUGACUGGCCUGAGAGGAGCGUCCUCCACAACAUAGAGAACCUGCAGAGGAGACGACAGAAGAGGAAAUUUGGACUGUUGGGUCCAGGCUCCAGUGACAACCUGCUGGGUCCUAAAGACAGCCAGAAGGGCUCCUCUGCUUUACUAGACGCCAAAGAGCUUCUAAAGCACUUCACCGCUGAUGGUUUGCCUACUGGGGAGCUGCAGCCACUGGCUAUCAAUAGAGGUAAUAAUGUGUUUCAGCUGUCAUCAGACCUCUCUCCUAGGAGAGUCAGCCAGAUGCCCUUCAGCAAGGCCUCAGCCUCGCAUUAUCACGGCAUAGAGUUCUGCCUGGACAAUCAGCGGUCCUUGGAUCGGGACCAGGCCUUUGUGCGGCUUCAGUCCCGUCUGAUUCGGCAUGAGACCCAAACCACCUGCUCCAAAGAGCCGUGUGCCCUCCCCUUCGCCCUCAGUCCCGCCCCCUCCCCCGCUGUCAUGUCAGAACCAGGAAGUGUGCCUGACGGAGAGACUCUGCAGAACGCUGACGUAGCUCGACUCAAGCGCAGGUCCUGGGACACGGACAUUAUCGGAGGUUAUCCUCGCAAGAGGCUGGUGAAGUCAGAGAGCAGCGACUCUCUCUGUUCUCAGAGCAGUGGCAGCAGUGGGACACAUCCUGUCAUUAGGUCUCUAAGACAACAGCCGAGCAGGUCGCAGUCCACAUCCUCCUCCAUUAGCUCUUCUUCCUCUUUGGCCUCGCGACAGACAUCCUCAGGUUUGGUGAUGAUUCCUUCUGCUGACAAACCUAAACCUCAACAGCAGAAGACACACCAUGUGCAAACAGAGGACAAACCUGCCAAAGAGUCACGCUCCCAGAAACACAACAGGAUGUUGCAGGAGGUGGUAGUUAAAACACUCAAACACCAUGGGAUCACUGCUCAGCAUGAGUGUUUUGAGGCCUGCAGCAAAAGACUGUUUGAUAUCUCGAAAUUCUAUCUCAAGGAUCUUAAGACAUCUCGCGGCCUGCACGACGAGAUGAAGAAGGCAGCCAGCAUCAACGUCAAACAGGUCAUUGAUUGGGUGCUGGAGAAGACCUCAGACAAGUGAACAUGGCCUUGAAGAACAAGUAGGGAGGGAAAAAAAAAGAAAUUUCUUGUAAUACUUUUUGUCCAAAACUGGGACAGGUCAACUGAGUUUCUGUUCUUUUAUGGUUUUCUGUUCUUAGGUCAAGCAGGUUCCAACUCUUUAAAAGGACGUUUUGUGUCACAUUUCAGCAUAUUCAUAAGAGAGAUGAUUCUAAGCCUUUCCAAUUGUUGCAUUAAGCCUGUUUUAAUGGACUUAAUCCUUUAUUUAAUUUGAUUUGCUUGUCUCACUGAGGAGAUCAUACACCCAUCAGGCACAACAUUAAAACCGGCAACUGCUUUUAAAACCGUGGCUGUAUAUUUUUACUCAUGUAUUCAGAUUGUAUACAGACUUUGGAGCUUUUAUUUGUGUGUGUGGUUUUGUGCUCAUCCACCCUGAUCUCCUCCCUCUGCUCACGAGCCUCGAAACAGGAAAACACUGUGAGACAAGUCGACAUAGUACACUCUGCUCUGGCUGCAGUCAGUGAGAAGCCACAAGGGCUUAGAUGUUGGCUUCAGGUUGCAGUCGUCUCUUCUUUGUAGCUGCUUUCAAACAUGAUUUUAAAUCUUUUCCCACUUGUUCAGUUUGUUUCUAAAUACAAUAAUAAUUUAAUGGCUUUAUGAAUGUGCAUAUUUUAUCUUUGUUUUUCAUAUUUUAUCCUUUGUAACACAAUAAAGUGUUUUUGAAUCUU